AUGGAGAAUGGGCAUUCAAUACCUGUAUUUUUGACAAAACUUUAUACAAUCGUAUAAGGGAAUUAAGAACAAGAGAUACUCAGAUUUGAUGAAAGUGGACGAAUUCUAGUAUUGGCUGAUUAGGAUAGAUUGUAAUAGUAUUUGCUUCCAGAAUAUUUUGGUCAUAAGAAUUUACCUAGUUUUCUAAGGUAUUUAACCUUAAUAGUAAUUAGAUAAUUGAAUAUGUAUGGAUUCAGAAAGAGACACAACAAUGGUGUGUUGGAAUUUAAACAUAAAUAUUUUAGAAGAGAUGGGAAGUAAGAUGUAUGCGUUAAUUAGGAUAAUUUUUGAAUCAAAUUAAGAGAAGAAAUGAGAUUGAAAUGGUUUAGCAAAUUCCUGAUUAAGAAGACAUUAAUACAUCAAUUGAUUAGCUAAGAUAAACAUAAUAGAGUUUAUAGAGUCUAAUUUAAAAUGUGGCAACAUAAAAUUUUAUGAUUAUGAACACUAUUAUGCAUCAUUAACAAGUAAGAAUUUAAAUUAAACAAAGUAAAUGGCAGAAACUAGUACUGCUAAUUUUGUACGAUUUGCUCAUUUAAGCGAUUUGAUCUCUUAGGUUGUUUCACAUUUCCAGAUUGAUGCUGCCAAUGAGAUUGAGAAUAAUCUUGCUCAUUAGAGGAGAGAAGCUUAACGAGGUUUGGAAUACAUUAUAGAAGAUACGGAAAAAUGAUU